AUGCGUGCUCAAUACGCUGCCAUUCUCGCUGCCCUUCUCACCGUCGUCGUCGACGUCUCCUGCCGAGAAGUGAAUUCUGACGGCUUCACCAAAGAGGCGAUAUGUUAGUGUUGUGGUGCGAGCGCGUGCGAUCCAUCACUGAAGCAAUGCGCAUCCCAAUGCCCGUCUGCACACACAGUCGUCUUCCUGGACAAGUCUUCCAUUCCCUCGUGUGUAGGCAUGGAUGCAGCACCAGGCUGCUGGCAAAACAUUUGCAACAACUUUCAAACCGACGAAGAGACGGGCAAAAUCAAUCAGCUAAAGCUACAGACCUUUGGGGGGCAAGUAUACCCCACCAAUCUGGCCAUCGCAGAGUGCUCGUCGUGAGUAAAAGUAAAGUUGCUGCUCAGCGCGAAAUAUGUUGGCUUAAAGCAGCGGCACGGCUUUCUGAUGAGCAGCGACCAGGUCGACAACACGGAGAACGUGAGUGAAUGCCUGUGCAUUUCAGCGGGCGCUUCCAGCUUGACUCGAGUGUUUCGCCCCCUCUCUGUAGGUCAGAAAUGGUCUAAAGUAUGUCAAAGGACCCUGA